AUGGUUAUGUACAAGGCCCAGAACUGCCCCUGCAACCAGGAGAACAUAACCAUCUUCAACAGCUCCCCCAUGGAGCUAGAGGUGGAGUUCUCCUUUGAGAACGAUGGAGAAGCAGAGACGUUCCUUUUGGACCCUCCGUACAUGGUCCUGAGCCCAAAGGAGAAGCAGGAGCUGACCAUUUGGGCAUACCCCACUUCCGUUGGCUUCCUGGAAGACAAACUCAUCUGCAGCAUCAAGAAGAACCCGGAGCCAGUGGUCUUCAGCGUGUGCUGCUACGGAGAGCAUGUGAAGCUGGACAUCAGCCCCCGGAAGCUGUCUUUUGACAAGCUGCUUCUGCACAAGAUUGACAGCAGGACCCUGGUGUUGAGAAACGAUACCCUACUGCCCAUGGUCUGGCACCUCAGUGGGCUGGAUGGCCUUGUUGAGCACUUCUCCUUGUCACAAGAUAAGGGCAUCGUUGAUCCUCGCUCAGAGAUUGAGGUGACGCUGAUUUUCAAGGCCGAGAAGAUUGGCAGCAUUGAGAAGACCCUCCGACUAGAGGUUUCAGAUACAGAAAACAUCCUGGGGGUUGUUCAGACUGAAAACGUUGAAAUCUCUGCAGAGGUCUAUGAUGUUUCUCUGACCAUCGACAUGCCUGAAGUUUCAAUCUGA